UCGAAAUCCUUGCACGGACGUCGUCAUUCCAUACCGAGCUUUGAUCCGCAACGGCCAUGGACGCCAAGAAGACAAAGGAGCUGGGCACGACGAAGUCAAGGGGAAAGAAAGGGACCUCUUCGUCGGAACGCCGUGGACAGGAAUCAAGGGUUUCGGGAACCAUCGCAGAUCAAGACCCUUCCGCCAAGAAGAUUCCAACGGAACCGGGAGGUCCCAGUACUAGCCUUCCGCAGCAUGCAAAGACCGGCGCUAUUAACAAGGACAUCAAAGGAAAACCUGGACGCGGAGCAGCCAAGAAGGCCCCAUCUACAUCUAAGGCACAAGAACUAGCUAUGGCGCAGACGACUCCUGCUGCUGAAAAAACAUCUCCUAAGCGGGCCCCUUCCAAUGAACAAGAUCUUUUGAACCAUGAGUAUCUGGACAGGAGUUCCCCACAAGACGCACAACAGCCCGCCACCAAGCACAGUCCGCAAGAGCAGCGAAAAGAUCGCCUCAAAAGAAAGGGACCAAAAUCAUCUGCUUUGGGGAAAGACGGGAGCAAAGAGAACGAGCCUACAGCAGCCAAGAAACCGUCGACGGAGCCCAAAGCACCUCGAGAGAAAGGCAUUGACUUUCGAUACGACCAGAAGGAGCGAAAGUAUGGCAAAGAACGAAAAGCUGCUGAAGCGUCGAAGAGCGUCUCCCCACCUCCACUAACAUACAGCAUCGACGAGCCCGCGAUGGAACCGACGUCUCCACGGCUGACGACCAGAAUGUCACCUCGGACAAAGAUGCUCUCCGAUCAAAUCGACCUGAUGAACCAGAACCUCCGGCCCGAGAUUCCUGCGUUGGGCGGGGAGCGGAGACCAAAGGGGAAGUCCAGCGAGGACCAACGGAGAGCAGAAAGGUCGAGCCUUCACAGACAGAAGGAACAGAAGCAGUCUGCGCUAAUCGAGGAUUCUGCAUCCAGGAGUGCGACUGUUAGGAUCACCCUACUGACUGUCAUCCUUCUGGCAGUCGCCGCUGUUGGUGCUUUCUUCUUCUAUCGGCAUUACAAGACGCAGCUCGAAGAACAAAAAAUGAUACUAUGCAGAACAACAGAAUGCAAACGAAUUCAACAGGAACUUGACGGCAUGCUGGACACAAAGAUUCACCCGUGCGACGACUUCUAUGGCUACGUUUGCAACAAGUGGGUAGAGGGCCGAACACCGAAGGCCUCGGGUGUGCAAGCGUACUUGUUUGACAUCUACGACAGUGCCCUCACGGCUGCCCUCAGGGCUCCCGAAUCCAGAAAAGCUGACCGACUCGGACUGCACAUCAUGGCUAGGCUGUUCGAAGUAUGCUAUGACUACAUGAACAACGGCGACGGGUCAUUCGCGGAUGCCGUAACACGAGUCAUCGAUUUACUCAAGUUCCAUAACGUCUUAAAUAAGGCUCAGGACAUAUUCCCAUACCUUGUGGAAACUACUUUGACAAAGAACUUCCACUCUGUAUUCCAGUUCACGUUUCGUCAAAAGGGUAAACUGAAAUACCUGCGAGUGGACCCGGGAAGCUCAAUUCGUUCAAAGGUCUUCGGGACGGUGACACCUAUUCUCCCGGAUGCCAGCAACGUGAACAUGUUUCACGAAGAGAUGAGAAACAUGACAGCGUGUCUCUUGAACGAUCCCCGAAUCAACUCUAGCGUCGACCCGGACGCCAUAUUAUCGAUAGAUUACGCGAUACACUUACUACUCACAGUAAAGGGGUCCGAAAGAGAAAUUACAUUCGAAGAAAUGGCAACCUACGCGUCACACAACGUGACACAGCAAGUAAUAGACAUCAUCAACAACAAUGCCCCGCCUGACUACAAUGUCGACUUCAGUAGCUCCCUCCGUGUUGCAGGACUGGACAACAUGCUUUCUAUUCAAUAUCUUCUGGCUCAACAGGAAUGGGAAGUGAGGGCAUUGUACCAUAUUGUCAGCCUUGCUACAGACCUGCUCGUCUAUAUUACGUUCAAGGCCGCGGCUAAGAAGAAUCCCGACCUCGUGCCCUUUAUGUGUCUUAGAGCUACAAGAAUUUCUGUCACAAACACCUGGCAGUUGCUGGCAGCGAACAUCACCGGUCACUUAAAGAGCGGAGCGGCAACUCAGGUUUUCGCCAUGCAUAUCAGAGACAUGGUCCUGGACGAAAGAGCGCUCGAGCAAUUUGACGCUCUCCAGCGAGAGAGGGGCAAGGAACUGCUGAGGGACACAUUUUUGAUUACGUACGAUGCGACGGUGCUAAAGUUUCUCGACGAAAGCACGGACUACACAUCGUGGAAGCUGGAAGGGAAUCACCUGUUUGACGUCCUUGUAGAAGCAGGUGAAAAGGAAAGGUACAUGCUGCGCAAGACCCUGUUCGCGGAGCGCCGCAUGGCAGCCAGCAGGAGCCAGUUAAGAAAGCUGCUGAAGUUUCACGAACAGGAGAAAGCGCUAACUGUGCCAUCGGCGUACCAAAGUUCGCCCCUCUUCUACCACGAGGAGCAAAGCGAGAUCCCCCACUACAUCAACGUGGGCUCACUGGGCGCCCUGAUCGCCAAGGAAAUGGUACGCGCCCUCGUCGUGCCCUUCAAACUCAGCAACAGGUCCUCCCAGACUCUUCACAAAUCUCUGUCGUGCGUGAACUACGUUGCCGGAAUGCAGGGCCUAGACUUGUUUAAAUCUGUUACUGAAGAUGAGAUAUGGGAUAGCGAAGCCGUCCUGUGGUACUACGCCUCUCUUAUUCUGUACGAGGGAUUGAAGCGUUAUGUCACCAAUGCGGGCAAGUCCGCAAGCGAGGAAGUCUGGAAUGAAACUCUGCAUUAUUACUUCAUCCGGUUCUGUACGCUGGCGUGCACAAGCGGAGGGACUGCCAUGGGGCCACCGGACUCUUUCAAAGAGCGCUGUCUCGUCCCAGUUCUGAGCAACCCUGACUUCGCAAAGCAUUUCGGUUGUACUGGGAGGGAGUCAUUCAAAGUACAUCCGUGUAUUUAUAGGAAGGAACAGACAUUGGUGACAAUAAGAUAAUCGCAAAUAAAUUUACGGCACGAGCCACUA